UUGGCGCUCCUGCGCGUCGACACUCCGCUGCCCCUGCCUACUGUGCCGUUCGGCGACUCCGAAAACCUGGAGGUCGGCGAAUGGGUGCUGGCUAUCGGCAACCCCUUCGGCCUAGGCCACACUGUUACCGCGGGCAUCGUCAGCGCCAAAGGCCGCACCAUCGGCGCCGGGCCGUACGACGACUUCAUCCAGACCGACGCCUCGAUCAAUCCGGGCAAUAGCGGCGGCCCGCUUUUCAACAUGCGCGGCGAGGUCAUCGGCAUCAACACGGCCAUCAUGCGCAGCGGCCAGGGCAUCGGUUUUGCCAUCCCGAUCAACAUGGCCAAGAACGUCCUCAGUCAGUUGUACGACAAGGGCAACGUGACGCGCGGCUGGCUGGGCGUGGCCAUUCAGAGCAUCGCGCCUGAAAUGCUUGAUGCUUUCAAGCUCGAUGACGCCAACGGCGCUCUGGUAUCCGGCAUCGUCACCGACGCACCGGCAGACAAGGCUGGCCUGCAGCAGGGCGACGUGAUCGUCGGCUUUCACGGCAGCGAGGUGGAGGAUUCCAGCACCCUGCCGGGUCUGGUGGCCGUUGUGGCGCCGGGAACCACCGUAGACGUGGAAAUCAUCCGCGACGGCCAGCGCAUGACCAUCCCGGUCACGCUCGGUGAACUCGAGGAAGACGAGGCCGCGCGGAUCGCCAGCCUGGAGCCGUCGGGCGUGGUAGAACUUCUGGGCAUACAGGUCGAGGCGAUUACCGAGGACAUGGCCCGCGAACUGCGGAUUGAUGACGACCGCGGCGUUGUGGUGACGGACGUUGCGGACGAAAGCCCCGCCGCCAACGCCGGCAUCCAGCCGGGCGACAUCGUCCGCGAAGUGAACCGCCAAACGGUCGAGGACCUGGAUGCCUAUGAGGCGGCCACCGCCCAGAUCGAGGACGGCGAACCCGUGCUGCUGCUGCUCGAACGCCGCGGCAAUCAUCUCUACGUGGCACUCAGACCCGAAAGGAAUUAA